CCCCAGCGCGGUGCCGGGCUGAGCUCCGAGCCGGGCCAGCCCCGGGGCCAGCAGCGCGUCCCCAGCGCGGUGCCCGUCCCCACGAUGCUGCGGCUGCUGCUGCUGCUCGGCGGGGUCCUGGGCUGCGCAGCGGAGCAGGCGGCUCCGCUCGCCUUCACCAUGCUCCAGCUGACCCGCGUCUACAAGGGCUAUUCCAUGUUCCGGGGGAACGCCAGUCUGAAUGGGCAGCUCAGCCAUCUCCUGGAAGGGAAUAAUGUCACCCAGGUGCUCCCGCUGGAGCCUCCGGACGCCUGGGCCCGGCGGCAGAACGAGGUGAUCACCUACCUGCAGAACUUCAGGCAGCUGGUGAUGCUCUUCAACAAGGAGAGACCCACCGAUUUCACCCAUCACCUGUGCUGCCACCUCGGCUGCCGCCUCUACCCCAACGGCACAGCCCAGAGCUUCUAUGAGGUGACCCUCAACAGGACGGCAUUCCUCAGCUUCCACGUCCCCAGCGCCACCUGGGAGUGCCGCUGGCCCGGCGAGCUCCCUGUGGCCGCCUUCGCCCAGCAACAGCUGAUGAAAUACCCCAUAACCACCCGGGACCUGCAGUAUUUCCUCAACACCACCUGUGUCAGCAUCCUGGAGGUUCAGAGCGCCAGGACAGGAAAGGUCAGCAGCCGAUCGCGCACUCCGCUGGUACUGGGGCUGGUCCUGGGAAGCCUCAGCCUGCUGGGCAUGGCCCUGGGCAUCUUCCUGUGCACGGGAGGGAGCUGCUAGCAUGGGCAGCUGUCCCAUGUCACCCCAUGGACACAGGGGACGGAGCUGGCAUCUCCCCGUCAGCCAUCACCACCCCGUGGAGGGAGGGGACAGACCCAUCAUCUCCCUGUGGAGUCAGGGAUGGAUCCAUCAUCUUCCCAAAGAUCCAGCAACUCUCUGUGGAUCCAUCAUCAUCCUGGGGAGGCAGGGGCUGGUUCCAUCAUCUCUGCAUGGAGACAGAGGCUGGUUCCAUCACCUCUGCAUGGAGACAGAGGAUGGAUCCAUCAUCCCUCCGUGGAGGCAGGGACUGAGCCCAUCCCUCACAAGGGAUGCGUGUCCCCAGUGCCACAGGCUUUGCUCCCCAAGGACACUGGUGGCUUCCCAGUCCUGUCCCAGCUGGACUGACGCCUCCAGCAGCCCCCAGCCCUGUGGACGGUCCUCACACCAGGCAAUGCACUGACACUCCACACAGAAACACUGGGCAUCCAUGGAAAAAUGGGGGGGAGAGGCGUGGGGAAAGCAGCAGGAGAAACAGCCAUGGAGUGGUUAAAAGGAUGUUGUUAAACCCUCAUUCAUCCCUGUUCCAGUGGGGAUGGAGCGAGGAUGUCACACCUUGAGUAAUAAAACCAUCCCUCAGCUCCCACCA